AUGAGUACCUCCGUGACGGAUACAAUAGCAAACGGCGGGGUCUACCUGGGAGCCUGGACUAACUGGUCGCACGGAUCUGUCCAAGGUGCUACAAUCACGCUGACCAAGCGGGACGGCGGCCUGCUCAUAGCUUUCCUUGCGCUUUUUGUUACAACCACCGGGGCCAGCUUUUGGAGACUCUUCUGCUUCGUUGCGCAUUUUGCGCUUUCCAACAGAUCCGGACCGCAGGAUGGGCUGUACCACCAGAUGCAGGCUGUUCUGCGGAAUGCCGCUACAACCACUACUGGAGUGAUUUACUUUACUCAGUUGUUAGGUUCCUGGCGACAACACGCUCAGAAUCCAUGGAAGCGGGUAUUGCCUUUGCUUGGGUUUACGGCAUUGAUCAUGGCUGUCUUCUCCAUUGCUAGUAUCUUUUCUUCACGGAUAUCUACUGCGACUGGCAAUGAAGUUCUCAUUUCGAGCCCCAACUGCGGACGCAUAGAUGCGACUUUGGAUAGCAACAUCUAUGACUACUUUGCGUAUCUUCGAAGAUACACCUCGGAGCUUACCAUAACGGGAGCAUCCUAUGCAAAGCAGUGUUACGAAGGUAACGGGACGGCGCAAGAAUGCUCCACCUAUGUCAAGAAAGAGCUGCCGGCGACAAUAUACAGCAACAUGAGUUGUCCCUUUCCUGGAAACGAGAAGAUUUGUCUACAGAGUUCCACAAACCUUCGCAUUGAUACUGGUCUGAUCGACUCGCAUGACGAUCUGGGCAUGAACGCGGCACCAGCAGACCGCUUCGCGUUCCGAAGAGUGGUGGAUUGUGCCCCAUUGGUAACGGAGGGAUAUGCAAGGCAGCGCAACGGUUCGGACAACAGGACACAAGACGCGACAAUCGAGUACUACUAUGGCGAUAGGCGGCACUGGCUACCCUAUGACGACGCGAAUUUCACCUACGUAUAUUCCGCUUCUUCAAAGGACAACUACAACAUGAACGCGGACUACACACUCGGUGUUGCCUUGGCUGCCGCCAGCCUUAACGAUUCAACCUUUACUCCUAUUGCCGAACUCGAACGCAAAGACGCCGAAACAGCACUUUUCUUCCUAUCAGCCAACAAUGUUUUCUUCGCCAAGCCAGUCGACGACGACUGGUUCUCAGCACACACACCCUUUGGCGACGGCCUUCACGGGGCCACCCUACUGUCAGGGUCGAUGCCAGCAUUCCACAAAGACCAAGCCACAGGUGUGCUGGCCUGCACGACGCAGCACCAAUUCUGCAACCCGAACAAGAAGAAAGACGGGUGCACGGGGCUGGACGGCUGGCGCGCGGGCAUCAGCGCCUCCAGCCGGCUCUGGGACAACAGCGCGCAAAAGGCGGCGUUUGCCUUCUGGGCCGACACGUACACGUCGCUGGGCAUCCAGAUCCCGGACAUGGUGUCCAACCUGGGCGUGUCGGCCCUCACGGCGCGCGACACGCUCGUCCAGGGCAUCCAGGGCCCGCUGCCCCGCGACCAGUGGCAGCGCGAGGUCCUCCACUGGCAUGCCUCGACCAUGGCCAAGCUUCAGCGCAUCCUUGUCGAGGCUGCCACCGGGCCCUCCGAUCCGGACAUGUUCCGCUACAUUGUCAAGCCCAGCACGGAAGCCGAGCACCUGCGCUGCGCGAACCAGAAAGUCAAAAGCCCCUCCUACACGUCCUUCAGCACGCUCGGCCUCGGCCUAACCCUAGCCCUCGGCCUCCUCAUCAACGCCCUCUCUCUCGGCAUCGAGCCCCUGCUGCGCGUGCUGCAAGCGCGGCAGCGUUGCGCCGGCCGCCCCGCGCAGGGCCUCUACCGCCGCCUCGAGUGGGCCGCCAACGAGACGCUCCAGCUGCAGCGGCUCGCGCACGAGGAGCUCGGCGCUGGCUCCUGGUGUCGCGGGGACGAGUGCCCGCCUGUGACGCGCAGGGGCGAUCGCCUCGCCUUGUUGGAUGUCAGGGACGUGAGGCACCCGCGGUUGGUGGUGCUGGGGGAGGCGGGGGAGGGGCUGCUAGGCCGGGGGAGGGGGAGGGGGAGGGGUGGCGAUGAUGGGGAUGUGGAUGUCGAGGCGCGGGGGGGUGGGCGUGUGCGUGUGAGUGGGUGUGUGGAUGAGGAGGGAGACAGCCAGCUGCUCGAGCCCAAGGACAGCGCUGCGUGCCCUGUCGUGUUGGAUACAGGUAUGGACAUGUCCAUGCCCAUGUCCAUGCCCAUGGCCACGGGCGCGGAGAGCCCGCUCGGCGGCAGCCCAGAGAGCGACGCCCACAACUACUUCCACAACCACAACCACGACUACCCUAGCACGCAAGCGCUCGCACACCACCACAACGACAGCAACGACAGCAACGACGACAACGCAGACGCAGACACACACGCAGACGCCCACCCAAUCCUCAGCGCGCGCCUCACCCAGCCGCUGGCCGGGCAGUACGAGGUCGACGGGGGCGUCGUGCGCGCGCCUGCUGACUCUGCACCUGCACCUUUAUCGCAAGCGGCUGCGGGACCGGGGUCGGGGUUGGAGCUAGGGCUGGGACUGGGACUGGGGCUAGGCAUGGGCAUGGGUGUGGGGCGGGAGCGGCGGUCGCAGCGGCGGCGGCGGGGGAGGGGAGGGCGUGCGGGUUGUGAUGCUGAUGGUGGUGGGGAUGGUGGGGAGGGGGAGGAGGUGCCGCUGUCGCCGGUGUCGAGUCUGUAG